AUACCGUAGAAUGAUUAGUUGUUGUCGAUACGUUGAAUGUUCAACAUGGAUAGUAACAUAGAUCGCGAGAAGAUAGCUAAACAGAUUGUAAAAACAAGUAACACAAUUCGCAAAAAAUAUCGCGCAUUAAAAACGGGUAAAAUGGAAGAAGAUAUUGCAUUGGAAAGACAUUUUAAGCCAAUCAUUGAACUUCUAAAACAGAUUGUUGAAAAUACAGUUGGAGUUGAAAAUACCAUUGAAAAUGGGUCUCAACAGGCUGAGAGUGAAGCAUUCUUUUCGGGAGAUGAUGAAUACGUGGAACCAAAACGAAAACGGUCGAACAUUUCGUUUAACAAUUCAAUAAUGACUUCUACUCCGAUUAAAUUGCAAACUGGAUCAAUUAAUUUUAAUAAAGCAUCACAUAUCUUACAAGAUAGCGAUUUAUUGCAGAAUCAUGCACCCUCCGUUGAAGAGGUUUUUGAAAUCACCGAUGAGCCGCUUGUGAUGUCCGUUCGACAACAGUUAGAGACGUCUGAGGGGCAAAAAAAAUUACAAAUACAUUAUGGUCCAUUGGGACAAAAAUAUAUGGGAGCUGUUAUGAGCGGUAAAAAAACGGUCAACGUAGAUAAUGUUUACGGAGUUUACUUCAACAAGACCGGAACGAUGCUUGGUAACAAACGUAUCGACUUGCACAAGAACGAUGAUAUAUCCAUAGACGGUAAAAGAUACAAGGGUACUCAAGGUCUGUACGAGUUAAUUUUCAUGAAAAUACCCAACGCUAUCUACACGAAUGACGAUGUAGAGAAGUAUAAGGAUAUCAUAUUAACUACAAACGCACAUAGGCGAGACCAUGUUGAAUGUAAUCCAAUACUAGGUAACAAAGGGCACAAGUAUAAAAAUAUAAUCUCACCCAUGUUAGCACUAGAUAAAGUUGAACGAGGUAUACCGAACAACGUUACGUUAAACGACAACAAGAUUGAUUACGUUCAUUGGAACGAUCCGAACGAAUUCGUCGAUCGUCUUCGAUUGCUCGAUGUCUCACGCGAAGCCGGACACAACGCUCACGAUAACGAGAUCCUGUCGCUUAUCGAGGAACUUCGCGAAGCUGAUUUAAUUAUAAAUUGAGUCGUGUUAUUCAUAUUAUUUUAGUCAACGUUGAAAUGUCAAUCAAUAAGUUUGGGAUAUCGCUCGGAAGUAGCGGAACGGAAUCGUAUUACAAAUGGAACGGAUUAAUAAGAAGUUACGUCCGCGAUAAUGCUCUUUGCAAGGUCAACGCCAAUUUUGAUGCAAAGUUAUGCAAGAUUCGUCACGUAGCGUUACCUGUAGAUGAUGGCGAUGCUGCUAAUAAACGAUAUGUACAACAGAGCAUACAAACUUUGAAAGAUCACCAGGACGAAAUCGAGAGGAAGAUUGUUACUCUCCAAAAUAAGGUGGAGAUUAUGCUUAACAAAAUUCAAAGACAACUCGAUACAGUGACUCAUAGCGCAGAGUAGAAAAAACGAUACAUUAGAUCUCUCCAUCAUUUGUGAAUCAAACAUGAACAAUUCCGAAAAGCAGCUGUUAGUGGAGGAACUUCAUGCUCCAGCGAGAAGAAAUUUUCCGAGAAAGCAUGUCAUUGUUCGCGGAUACUAUGACCUGUGGUAAGCGGAUGUGGUUGAGAUGCGACCUUAUAUCAGAUUUAACCGAGGUUACCAUUACAUACUCACCGUUAUCGAUGUAUUGAGCAAGUAUGCAUGGGCUGUGCCUCUCAAGGCCAAGAGUGGCAAUGAAGUGGCUAAUGCGAUUGCAAAGAUAAUACGAGACGAUGAAAGAUGUCCAAAAAAUUUGCAGACUGACAGAGGAAAAGAAUUUUACAACGCCACGGUACAGAAACUAUUGAAAAAACAUGAUAUCAAUCAUUAUUCAACAUAUUCCGUAAUGAAGGCAUCAGUCAUUGAACGGUUCAACCGUUCAUUAAAGAACGACAUGUGGAAGCAGUUUACGCUUAAUGGAAAUUAUAAAUGGAUCGAUUUGUUACCACGUCUCGUAUUAGAAUACAACUCGCGAAGGCAUCGUACUAUUGGUAUGCGACCUAUCAAUGUUACCCCUGCGAUUGCCGAAAAACUCUUAUCCACUGUAUAGUCGCAUAAAAAUUGCUGCACCCGCACGGUUCAAAGUGGGUGAAUCGGUACGCGUGAGCAAAUUUAAGACCAUUUUUGAUAAAGGUUAUACACCGAAUUGGACUACGGAGAUAUUUAAAAUUGCCAAAGUGCACAGAACUAAUCCCGUGACGUAUUUAUUGAAGGAUUCCUGUGGAAAACAUAUCAGCGGUGGAUUUUACGAAUAUGAGCUUCAGCGAGUCAGUAAUUCUAACUUGUAUCUUGUUGAAAAAAUUUUACGCAAAAGAGGGGAUGAGGUUUAUGUGAAAUGGCUGGGAUUUGAUAAUUCAUACAAUUCGUGGAUACACAAGGAUAAUGUAUUGUAAAAAAUGUAUUACUUAUUUACAAGAUAUUUGUAAUUUUUAUUACAAUUACACAAAUAUACAUAUAUUAUACAAAUUAAGUGUUUUAUUUACAUUGGUAUUUUAUAAUGUCCCCAAGGCAACGUGUCAAUAGAAUCUGACAUAAUAUAUCGCUUAUUGUCAUACGGACUAAGAGCAAUUUUCGUUUCGGAUGUAGUAUACACCUCAUGCAAUUUCGAUCUAAUACUUGACUGCUGUCGUGUCAUUUCAAUCUCAUCAUGUAAACAUCGCGUGUAAUCAUCGAAAGUUAUCGAUUUUGCCACAACGUUGCUCUUGAUUCCUUUGACUUUCUUCGUGUCGUUUUUACCAUCAACGCGCAAGGCAUACAUCUUUGCUCUAAGCCCUACGAAUUCGGUCAUGAUCGUACCAUUGUUUUCAUCCUUCAUUAAACCUGGCACUUUUUUAUUAGCAAACGGAAUACCGUAUGCAUUAUCAACCGCGUAAUCACUCGUGUCAAAUUUAUUAAUAUCGCGCUUUAUAAUUUCGUAUACGUCAUCACAUUCAAUAUUAUAUAUUAAGCUAUCCGUAUCAGUAUAUAUAAUUUUACAUUUCUCGCGAAACAUCGGCGCCAUGUAUUCAUAAUGAAAUUCAUACAAACAUGUUUUAGAUAUGUCAAGGAUGCACAUACCCACAUAGAUUGGUUUGUCAAAUUUCACCUCAAGUUUACGCAUUUGAAUUGCAACCAAAUUCUCUGAAAAGACACUACGACUGUGGAAAUUUGGCAUAGCGAUCAUUGCCUCCGCGCCGUAUCUGCCUUUCCAUUUUGUCACAAGUCGCACAUCGACGUGAUUGCGCACGUUCUCCAUGGUUUUGCCAAAUACCGCGUUGUUCAUUAAUUUGUAUAAAUUUUUUUCGAAAUUGUUUUAGGCGCAUGUUCUGAAAUCUGUAUUUAACUGAAUAUAAUCGCGAAGCCAUGGUGAUUGUGCAAACUGUAAUAUGCGAUGUAUUUUUGUUAUUCGAAGGCCGUGACGAAUACACUGCUGCAGGUUACGAUAAUGUAUGACGUAACAUUUCUUAUCGUAUAAGGUUGCGAGGAGCUUGUCCUGCCACUUGCCGGGCGGUUUAUCACGCAUUGGACAGAACGGUAGGUCAAUGUGCGCAUCAUGUAAAUGUUGUGGAUAUUCUUGUAAGUCUAUUUCAAGAAUGUAACCUGUUGGAGAAUCUAGCGCGAUGUCCAUAAAAUUAAAAUUUGUUACGUCAUCUACCCAUCGAAAAUCUUUGUAUGGUAAUGGCUGACACAUUGCCCAACCAUACAAGUUGUUUACAUCAAAGUACAUCAGGUACGAUGAUGAUUUCGAUGGAUCGUAUGACUUCAUGUACUUGUUGUUGGCCUGUGCGUACCUGUUUGAACAUUGACUCAGACCACCACGUGUGCCACGUUCGAUGAACAUGAUCAUCAAUGUCUGUUAGCAGUUCGAAAUUUACAUGUGUAUAUUUCAACAUUGCAUCCCACGUAAAACCGGGUAAAGUAUAAUAAUACGCGGGAUCGAGUCCAUAACUCGCGAUGCAACUAUCGCGAAAAUUCUCAAAGAUAUCAGCCAACAACAGUACGUCAGUUUUCAAGUAUAAAUCGCUAUAAUCUCCGAGCGUUCGGAUGCAGAACCGCUGCCACACGUUGACAGCAUGCGCGUAAUCGCUCUCGGAUACUGUGUCACCCGUCAAUGAACUGUAAAAUAAUUCGCGCGGUGGCAAACAUGACUCUUCCAAUUUUUCCACACAGUCAACAUACUCGUAUGGGAAGACACCUUUUCGUGUUAACAGAUCGAAAUUUUCUGUUGAUAAAUUACUAUAUUCCCGUUGCAUUAUGCAUAGCUUAUCUUGACUAAGAAAAGAUGCCAAUUUAUCGAGACUAGAUGCGAGAAAUUUGAAAGAAUCGAUAAAUCUUAAUUUUAUGCAAUUUUUCUGAUCAUUUUUUGUAAACGAAAUAUAUUUUUCUUUUGUUAUCGGAAGUAAAUCUAUUCGUCCUUCAUAUGCUGUAGCUAUUUCCUUGAUGAUAAAAUGCACGUCGUAGCCAGAUAAGUUAUGGAAAACUAUAGGAAUAUAAUGCGAAUCUUUGUAAUUUAAAUUGCAAUUUGAAUGCGCUGCACCUCUGAAUCGACCGGUUAAAUGACAAUGAUCGCGUACCCAUUCUAUUUCAUUCGUAAAUGGUUUUUCACAAAUGUGGCAGUGUGUAGCGUUGUUAAAUUUUUUCCAAUGUUCUUGUGUUAAAUCCAUGGGAACAUUAACCGACAGAAUAUUAUUUACAAUUUGUGCUAAAUCUUUAAGUUGCUCGACGAACCACGCGAUACAAUUCUUAUCGCGAUGAAACCGAUACAUUGAUAGCGAAUUGUCAUACGCACAGUGUACAUAAUAUGCUAUGCUAAAUACUCGAUGAUGCUGGUAAUUUUUCUCAUCCUCAGUCUUCUCCAGGAUGCAUUCCAAAUCGGCGUAUACGAUAAACGGCAUUCGUUCCUUUCGACAGUAAUUUUUAAAGCUCAGCCAUUUGUCAUCUUCGCUUGGUAAUAUGAUAGCGCAAUCGUUUAUCUUUCCACAGUCCAUUGUGUGAAUUUCCAACUUGUCGUUUGAACUAAAAUAAUGUAGACAUCUGAAAUAUAAUUUAUUUUUGAGAAAUUAGAAAAAAUAUAUUUAUAUAUACAUAUUUUUGUAUUUUUCCGAAAUAUAUACACACCGAUCACAAAAGAACUUCUUAUUCUUUUUCUUACUGAGUUGUGUACUCAUGAGACGGGACAUACUCUUUAUCAACGCAAAAUGUUCCACAUUGUCAUCCUGCACGUAUAGCAGAUUUAUAUGUUUGUCCAUUUUUCGUUCGGUGAGUCGUAUAGGAAAAAUAGAUAAUUUCUUCUCCUCGAUGCAGUAUAGAUUAAUGAAGAUUUUGUUGAGAAUUUCUAACUUUUUAAUUUGUGGCAGUGUCAUUGGAAACUCAAUGCCUUUCAGAUUUAAUACCGUAGAAUAAUGUGGAUAUGAAGAUUCUCGAUCUGUAUUCCUUUCAGCAGGAUGCAGACUGGCCACCACUGACCAUGCAAAACAUGCAUUGUCAUUUGAUUUUACAUUAACUACCGCUUUCUUCAUCAUAAUUUUACUUGGUAACUGGAUGUUGCAUCCUGCAUGCAAAGGGUUAUAUUUGUUUAUAUUUAUUGUUAAAUUUAGUAUACGCGACAACGCCCAUCCGCUAUCGCGUUCUUGGAAUUCCUCCAACGAUGCUAGGAUUAUCUCGAUGACGUGUAACUGGUACCACUCAUGCAAAUCGGAGCAUUGAAAGAGUUCAUAAUUUCUUGUGAUACACUUAUUAGCGCGUUUCUCACCUACGACAAAUUCAUCAUUAAAAAUAGCGUUUAUCUUUACGUUGCCAUGUCUCUGCAUGACACUUUGCACGUGCUCAAGCACAAUUUCUCGCGCAUCCUCUAGAAAUUGAUACGGUUCAAGGUGUUUGAAAUUAAUCACAGCACCAGUCAGUAUACGACUUUCAAAAACUGUAUCUAUCUCACGCCAUCGGAGUCCUGCACUAUAUCCAGCGCCCAUUUGCACAAACCGCAUCAUUUGUUUCAAACCUUCUAGUCGCGUGAUACAAGCGAUCACAGAUUGUCUUCCGCCGAUUGACAAUCGUGGAUAUUUACUGCGGCUGCGUCCAUCUAGCGAUUCGAUGAACUCGAUACAACGUUGCUCCCACGCCAUAUACUCUUUAUGCGUAUUCAAUCGAGUGGAUUGCUCCACCAAAUCGCGCUCCAUUUGCUCCAUUUUUACAAUGUGCUUGACUGCAUAGACUGAUGGGAUGCAUCGCGAUCUUGUCAUUUUAUAAUGACACCAUCACUUUAAAUGUUAUUCACAGUGUAUCAUUUGAUACAUAUCUAAAGUCUUCUUAGCUGUCAUAAAUCGGCGCUUGUAAGAUUCACAUGUAUAUUUGAUAUCACUGACUUUGUGAAAUUAUUAAAUGAUCUCAUCGUGAUAUCAACAUCGUAAUGUCAAAUUAUAUUCAAACGUGUGUCUAAAUUAAUUUUAUAGAUCUGUGAUAUCAGCGCCUAUGGUAUCAUCACAGCUGCUAUACUCUGACGCAUGCUUUUAUGCUGAAAAUGCAAAUCUGCAAUACUAUAUGAUUUCAUUGUAAUAUUAAAUUACAUUCAAACGUGUCUAAAACUGAGUUUUACUAUCCUGCGAUCUCAUCACAUCUGUCAACGCUUGCAAGAUUUACGUUUGAAUAUGUGUAUGAUCUCAUCAUAAAAUAUGUAAUUUCGACAUCAACAUUUGAUGUCGAUAUGGUGGUGGGGAUUAUAAAAUAAAAAGAACUUUAAAAACGUUACUCUCAUUAGUUGCUCAUUGUUAGCGGACAACUCUUGAAAAAUACGAGAGAAAUGGCGAACUACGUUCCAAUCCAAACCGAAGCAUGCGAGAAAUCGUAUCUAUACAUUAUCUAUACAUUUUUAUACAUUCCUUAAAUUAUAUUUUUCAUAUUUUUGCUUCUACAUAUCCAUAUUUCUUAUUUACAGAACAUUGCCACACACAUCAAUGAACUACUACAUUCCGAUCCAGACCGAAGCAUGUGAGAAAUCAACGCCAUCACGAUACACAUCACACAUUUUGGGGAGAAGGUUUGCACUAACUCCUACAUCUUAUAAAUGGUUGGAUAUCGGAAUCAACGCAGGAUCUAUAUCCUACGUGGAAUUGGUGUUGGGUGACAACCGCGGAAAUCAAAUUGCUCUGCCUUAUAAAACGUGAAAAUCGUUGAUUGAGAAACGUAUGGACAUCGAGGAACUUAUGCAGUCAAAAACGGCUCCAUUAUUGAUUCACGAACUGAUUGUGCAGCAGAUUAAACUGCGUGAAGAACAUAUUAUAAAAUUAACAUUACACAAUACUUAUAUUUGCAUGAAGCCUGCAACUGUAUCAUUUAUGUUUGAACUUGAGCAUUGUAUUGAACAUGUAUAUUUCGCACUGUGUCAGAAUAUGAAUAAUGUUACUGACAAAUAUAAACAUUUUGUAACUUACUUGCGUCAGAAUUGCAUCACUAAUAAAAACGAUGCAGUAAAUAUUUUGCGAAAAAUUUAUGAUAAAAGUUCACGUAUUGAAUGUGAAUUAAUAGCUUAUGCUUCAGAUAAUAAAAUGUGUAAUUUGAAAUUGAACUUUUGAUUAUUUUUCCUAUCCUUAGCGAAUGAGGCUAAUAGUUAUUCAGUGUGGUACAACGUGGUUGUCACAGCUGUGACAAUGACUUGAGUUUCUUUUGUUACCAAGAACUCAGUUGUAAGAUGAGUAUUAAAUUACUACUGUCAAAGGUUUUUGACUGUGGGAUUUAACAUCUCGUAGAUAAAUCACGUACAUUUUUUACUAUAAAAUGAUGGGCUGCGCUCCUUAGCGUUAGUCAUAAGGGUUGGACUGUCGUCGUCGUCGUCGUUUGUAUCUCGUGUGCAUUAAAAAAUUGUCUCACGAACAAAAAAUGGCAUACUUACGAGUAAAAUACCCACGUAAUGGAGUAAGUAUAUUUAUAAUAUACUUAAUAUUGUUUGAAUAUACUAAAUGACUGAAUACUAAUAUAUUGAAUAUUGUUUUGUGUCACUAGUAGAAUACAUGUAUUUUUUAAUAUUUUAUUAAAUAAAAUUUUAUACUUUACAGCACAUUAGAGUGGAACCGAAAAAAUUGUAAACCAGGUGUCUCUUCAGAGAGAGAUAUUACUAAAAUAUACACCAACACAGGUAUUGUUUUAUGAUAUUUAUAUAUAUAGGGUUUAUAUUACACAUUAUAAUGCUUCUUUUAUUUUUCCAGAAUUUUACAAUAAAAGUAAAUGAUAUAGAAAAAAACGUUAAAAUAAGAGUGAUAGAUGGGACCUCACAAACGAAUUGAGAUGAAAUAAGGAGAUGAAUUCCUCGGGAGACAUCAUUGAUGUUUGAUGAACCGCAGAAACUACGAAUCAAAGAUCUCGAGGUAGUAGGUUUCAUAAAUAUACAAAAAAAAUAAAAA